GGGCCACCUAAGCUCCUUCCUAAGAGAACGCUGCUGCACCCACGGUCAAUGUCAAUCCACUUUCUCUCUGCCACCAUCUUUUUUUCUGCGUCGCUGGCGUCCACGGAAAUAAUAAGAGAAACAAUUGGCAUCGUCACGCGGUCCGACAAAGACCCAUUGCGGUCACAAUGAGGUUCAUCAGCAUCGCCGCUGGGGUGUUGUCCACCUGCGGCAUACUAUGCGCCGCCGAGCCCAGCAUCGCAGCUACUCUGCCUAGCAAUUUCAAGCCGCCACAAGUAUUCAAGCAUACGAAUCUGGUCCGAAACAUAAACCUUGAGAAGGGCUAUGCCCGUGAAUCGGUCAACGUGGUGGUGGAAAAUACGGACAAGAAAUCACAGAGCGAGUACUACAUAUCGUUUCCCUCCGCUGUGUUCGACAGCAUUGGAGGCUUUGAGGUGCGGAACAAGCAGUCGCCUGAGAAGGGAAGCUUCCCGGUGACAGCUUCCCGAGUUGAGGGUGACAGCGCCCUGCACUACUAUAAAGUCACCUUCCCUGAACCGCUCGCACCAUCUGCACAAAUCACCCUUGGAACGUCAUACUACAUCCUUGGGUCGUUGAGCCCUCUUCCUAAGGCCAUUGAACAAGUCGAUCAGCAGUUCUUGGUUUACAACGCCAAUGCCUACGCCCCCUCUGCCUACCAAACCGAAACCCAGAAAACCAAGGUCAAAUUCCCAAGCUCGAACGUCCCAGAAUACACCACGACGUCGAAACUGAAGUCUGGAAGCGACCCUGAGAAACAAGGAAGCAGCUACACAUAUGGACCAUACAACAAGGUCGGUCCAGAAGCAUCCUACCCCCUCACUUUCCGCUUCGAGGCCACCAAGCCUGUCCUAGCUAGCUCUCUUCUCGAGAGAGAUCUCGAAGUCUCUCACUGGGGUGGAAAUCUCGCCGUUGAGGAGCGCUACUGGUUGCGGAACGACGGUGCCAACCUCUCCAAGAACUUUGACCGUGUCGACUGGGCUCGUUUGUCAUUCAACACGCAUCUGCCAUCGCCUGCAUUGAAAGAGCUCAAAUACCCAUUGAAACCUGGUUCUGUCGAUCCUUACUUCACCGACGAUGUUGGAAACGUAUCAACUAGCCGCUAUCGCCCCGGCAACCCAGGUCGCGAAGCUCAUUUAGAACUUAAGCCCCGUUAUCCCGUUUUUGGAGGAUGGAAGUAUAGCUUCCGUAUCGGUUGGAACAACGCAUUAUCCUCUUUCCUCCGCAAGGUCGGCUCUGAUUCUUACGCACUCAAGGUUCCGUUCAUCGAGGGACCCAAGAACCCCGAGGGCAUUCAAUAUGACAAGGUAGUCGUUCGAGUCAUCUUGCCCGAGGGAGCAACGGAUGUUCGUUACGAGUUGCUUGACGGGAAAUCCCCCAAUGGUCUCCCCGAUGCGUCCCAGUUUACAGCAAACAUAACGACUCACCGCACCUUCCUGGAUACCCUUGGACGAGCUGCAUUGACCCUGACGGUUGACAACCUGUCUGACGAGGCGAGAGAUUCACAACUAGUGAUCACAUACAAUUACCCCUUCGCGGCCGGUCUCCGCAAGCCCAUCACCAUCACAGCCGGUAUCUUCGCUGUGUUUGUUUCUGCAUGGUUCCUUGGAACCCUCGACGUGAGUAUCAGGAAACGAUAAACCCACAGAAAAGGAAUGUCCGAUAGAAUGAUACACUUUAUCUGUAGUUCUUGUUUUAUAUAUAUGUUCUAUUUCCUUAUCUCGAAUCGUGUGAGUCUUCCCUUAUUGCUACAUGUAGUGGAAUGGAGUGAAAAAUUCAUAAAUACCAUACCUUAGCUUUCUUUUUUGUACCAGUUCCUCGAAGUAAUCAGCCAUUGAUAAAUACUGUACUUCAAAUAUAUCAAGCCUGUAAAUAAUGUCGAUACUGAAACGAAACAUUGAACAAUUG